GGGGCGGGGCGCAGGCGGCGGAGCCCCGGGAUUGCGCGCCCCGCGCCGGCGCUGCACUCGAGCCGUGGCCACCAACCGCGCCGCCAACUCGGGGCCACAACUUCCCGGGAUCCCGCGCUCCAGGCCGGUGGCGGCGCCCGGACGGACGGCGGGGACCCCGCGUCUCCCCGGGCCCCGAGCCCACGUCGCCUGCGGCCGAGCCCGAGCUCCGGGCGCCCAGCGCCCAUCAGGGCAGACCCGGCACUCCGGGCGGGCAGGCUCCGGCCGCCGAUGAGGAGUACCGGGCGGCUGCGCGAGCGGCCCCCGCGCUGAGCCGAGGCUGUCCCGUCCCGCGGCCGACCCGACGCCGCAGCCCCCGCAGGGAGCUCCGCUUUGGAAGAUGUUGGUCCCAGGGCACUGGGAUGGGCUGAGGAUGACCAUGCCCAGCCUGAUGGUGAUGUUUACAGCAGCUCUGCUCUCCAGCUGGGCCCAGCUACUGACUGACGCCAGCUCCUGGUGGUCACUAGCUCUGAACCCGGUGCAGAGACCUGAGAUGUUCAUCAUUGGUGCUCAGCCUGUGUGCAGCCAGCUUCCCGGGCUUUCCCCAGGCCAGAGAAAGCUGUGCCAGUUGUAUCAGGAGCACAUGUCCUACAUCGGGGAGGGAGCCAAGACGGGCAUCCGGGAGUGCCAGCACCAGUUCCGACAGAGGCGGUGGAACUGCAGUACUGUGGAGGACACAUCUGUCUUUGGCAGAGUCAUGCAGAUAGGUAGCCGGGAGACGGCCUUCACCUAUGCAGUGAGUGCUGCUGGUGUGGUGAAUGCUAUCAGCCGCGCUUGCCGAGAGGGUGAGCUGUCCACCUGUGGCUGCAGCCGGACGGCGAGGCCCAAGGACCUGCCACGAGACUGGCUGUGGGGUGGCUGUGGGGACAAUGUGGAAUACGGCUACCGCUUCGCCAAAGAGUUUGUGGAUGCCCGAGAGCGUGAGAAGAACUUCGCCAAGGGAUCAGAGGAGCAAGGCCGAGCCCUCAUGAACCUGCAGAACAACGAGGCUGGCCGCCGGGCUGUCUAUAAGAUGGCUGAUGUCGCCUGCAAGUGUCAUGGAGUCUCCGGGUCCUGCAGCCUCAAGACCUGCUGGCUUCAGCUGGCUGAGUUCCGCAAGGUGGGGGACCGGCUGAAGGAGAAGUAUGACAGCGCCGCCGCCAUGCGCAUCACCCGCCAGGGCAAGCUGGAGCUGGCUAACAGCCGCUUCAACCAGCCAACCCCGGAGGACCUGGUCUACGUGGACCCCAGCCCUGACUACUGCCUGCGCAACGAGACCACAGGCUCGCUGGGCACCCAGGGCCGCCUCUGCAACAAGACCUCAGAGGGCACGGAUGGCUGCGAGCUCAUGUGCUGUGGCCGCGGCUAUGACCGCUUCAAGAGCGUCCAGGUGGAGCGCUGCCACUGCAGGUUCCACUGGUGCUGCUUCGUCAGGUGCAAGAAAUGCACUGAGAUUGUGGACCAGUAUGUCUGUAAGUGACGGCGCCCACGCCUCCAGCCCGCUCCUCUCUGCCUCACAAAGUCUGUAUUAUAUAAAUCUAUCUAAAUAUAUUUUAUAUUUGUACAAACGGAUGGACGGAUGAUAAACGAGCAAGAGAAGAAAAUGGAGAGGAAGAACUUGAGUAAGGACUGGGUUUCGCUGGUCAUCUCUAGCCGGUGGGAGAGAAACGGGCUUUUCCCUGCUUUCUGGCCAGAACUCUUCAGGACACAGGGGCUUGAGAGUGUCUAUGCGCCAUAGCCUCUUGGGAAGAGGCGCUGAUUUAGAUGAAGGAGAUGGGCUUGUUUCAAAUCUGCGGUCCUUUGGGGAAGAUCUAUGACCCUGGCCAGGAGACCCAGGGGCCCUGUGGAAGGUGAAGACCUGACAACCCCGACGGUGGCCCAGGUCUUCCCCAGCAAGGAGACAGCUUUAGCAAGGGUCCCAGUGCUUGCUUCUUUUCUCAUCCGAGUACACACAGUUGCAGGAAAGGAAGGCUCCUUCCCCAGCACUAGGGAGAGGUCUCAAGUCACUCUGGCUGGUGACCGUAAGGGACCUACCUGUGCCUCCCUGGACUCCGGAUCUGUGUUCUAACAAGAAUGUCACCAGCUCCUGCCACAAGCUCCUAGGCCGAGAGAAAGAUGGUCACUUAUCCGGCCACACCAAGGAGGACAUGAAGCGAUCCUGGGUUUUGACUGGGGAUGAAGAGCUUGUUGUUCCGCCUUCCUGCGAGGGCAGGAAGCUGUUGUUGCUGCUGCUGUCACUUCCUCUGUCAGGGAGGCCUCACGAACAACGGGGCAUGCUGGCAGGCCAGCUCUACUGCCUUGUGUGCCCCUCAUCUCUGCCCAGAUGUACAGUGUUCCUCUGACAUUAAAUAUCUUUUACUGAGG